GGAUGCGGAGCAGAGGAGGUGGCUUUAAGACAUUUGACUCUAUUUGGAGUUGUCUGGAUCACAGAUGAACAAAGUUUUUUUUUUUCUUCUUCUUCUCUGUUCUUACUCAUUCCGCAGCUCACUGGCGCGCUGCGUCCUUAGAGAGUCCAGAGCAGGAUGGGUGCGCUCCUUACGCACAGCAUGUUCUUCUGGAUUUUGUUCUGUACGGGAAUAACAGCAGUUUGCGGUUCAAAUGUGUGCACCUCCAGAGGAGCCAGCACAUGUAAGCAGUGUCUGGCUGUUCACCCCAGCUGCGCAUGGUGCUUCCAAGAGGACUUUGGCCAAGGAGUCGCUGGCUCGUCCCGCUGUGAUCUGAAGACCAACCUGGUGGCAGCAGGAUGUGCAACAUCAGCUCUGGAGUCUCCAACCAGCAAACUGCAGGUGAUCGAGGACCGGCCGCUCAGCAACAAGGCGGCAGGAGCAGCACAGGUCACUCAGAUAAAACCACAGAAACUACACAUCACCCUCAGGCCAGAUGAUGCCAAGCGCUUCACAGUGAAGGUGCGUCAAGUGGAGGACUACCCUGUUGAUCUCUACUACCUCAUGGAUCUCUCCUACUCCAUGAAUGACGACCUCUUCCGCCUGAGGACGCUGGGCAGAGGCCUGGCCGAGGCCAUGAACCGAACCACCAGCAACCUGCGCAUGGGCUUUGGCGCUUUUGUGGACAAGCCGCUCUCACCUUACAUGUACAUUUCACCCAAAGAGGCCGUGAAGAACCCCUGCUACAGCAUUAAUACCACCUGCCUGCCUCAGUUUGGCUACAAACACGUUCUCUCUCUGACGGAGGAGGUCGGCCGCUUCACAGAGGAAGUGAAGAAGCAGAUGGUGUCCAGGAACCGAGAUGCCCCCGAGGGAGGCUUUGAUGCCAUCAUCCAGGCUGCUGUGUGCAAGGAGCAGAUUGGCUGGCGGCCUGGCGCAUCCCACCUCCUCAUCUUCACCUCAGAUGCUAAGACUCACGUUGCUCUGGAUGGUCGUCUGGCUGGAAUCGUGCAGCCGAAUGACGGACGGUGUCACCUCAACUCUGAGAAUAUGUACAGCAUGUCGACCACCAUGGAUUACCCAUCUCUUGCUCUCAUCACAGAGAAAAUGUCGGAGAACAACAUCAACCUCAUCUUUGCAGUCACCAACCCUGUGGUUCCUCUCUACCAGAACUACAGUGAGCUGAUUCCCGGCACCACAGUAGGAACUCUGUCCAACGACUCGGGCAACGUUAUUCAGCUCAUUCUGAAGGCCUACGCUAAAAUCCGUUCCAAGGUGGAGCUGGAGCUUCAGGAUGUUCCAGAGGAGCUGUCUCUGUCCUUUAACGCCACUUGCCUGAAUGGAGAGCUCAUCCCGGGCCUCAAGUCCUGCUCUGGCCUUAAAAUAGGAGAUACGGUCUCUUUCAGUGUGGAGGCUCGUGCUCGCGGUUGCCCCAAACAAAAAAAGAAAACCUUUGUCAUCAAACCCGUGGGCUUCAAGGACUCGCUCUCCAUCACCGUCACCUUUGAGUGCGACUGCAAGUGCCAGGCCAAAGCUCAGCCCAACAGCCCCAAAUGCAGCCAAGGCAAUGGCACCUAUGAGUGCGGUAUCUGCCAGUGCCACCCGGGUCGCCUCGGGCCGCACUGCGAGUGUGCAGAGGGCGACUAUAAUCCCACCGAGCAGGACCGCUGCAGCGGACCUGCAGGCACCGGAGGAUCUCAGUCAGUGAUCUGCAGCGGACGAGGAGACUGUGUGUGUGGCCAGUGUGUCUGCCACAGCAGCGACUUUGGAAAAGUCUGGGGGAAACUGUGCGAGUGUGACGACUUCAACUGUCUGCGCUACAAAGGAGAACUCUGCUCAGGUCAUGGUGUCUGUAACUGUGGCUUCUGCCAGUGUGCACCCGACUGGCAGGGUGAGAACUGUAACUGCUCCAGACGGACUGACACCUGUAUGUCCAGCCUGGGUCUGCUGUGCAGUGGGAGAGGCCAGUGUAUCUGUGGGGCCUGUGAAUGCACACAACCAGGAGCCUACGGGGCAACGUGUGACAAGUGCCCCACCUGCCCCGACGCCUGCACCAUGAAGAAGGAGUGUGUGGAGUGUAAGCACUUCAAGAGGGGCAGGCUGUUCGAGGACAACACCUGCUCCCGAAUCUGCAAGGAUGAGAUCAUGCUUGUGGAUGAAUUAGUGCUCCACGACACAAACGCUGUGAACUGCACUUAUAAGGACGAGGACGACUGUGUUGAACGUUUCCAGUACUAUGAGGACGCCAGUGGCAAAUCUAUCCUGUUUGUUGUCAAAGAGCCAGACUGCCCCAAGGGUCCAGACAUUUUGGUGGUGCUUCUGUCGGUGGCAGGAGCCAUCUUGUUCCUCGGCCUGGCGGCUCUGCUUAUCUGGAAGCUGCUGGUUACCAUCCAUGACAGGCGGGAGUUUGCCAAGUUUGAGGAAGAACGUGCUCGCGCCAAGUGGGACACAGGGCACAAUCCUCUUUACAAAGGAGCAACAUCUACCUUCACAAACAUCACAUACAGAGGAAAAGACUGAUGCUACUGAACAAAGACGAAAGGAUGAAAUAAUGGACUUUUAAGCAUCCUUUGUGAGAAGGCAACGAAUCAUGUGCAGGCUUCUACUGUCACAAGACAAUAAUUAUUAAUUAUUUGUUUGUAAAUAUGUAGAAAUGAUUCCGAGGACACCUUUCAGGGAUUUUGUCAUUAACACCCACCAAUACUACACUGACAAAUACUGUUUUUGUGUGAUUGACUGAAAUUCGUUUUGUUGUGCAGGUCAGAAUAAAGGUUUGGUUCAUCCCAAUUGUUUGCCUUACCAUAGUAUCCAUCCUUGCCAUGGUAUUCGCCCAUGCAUUGACAAUCACCAAAAUGCUACAAAAUGUGGACUGAAUGAGCAAAAUUGAGAAAUAUAUGUUUUGGUAUUCCACAGACUCCAAAUAUCUGCUACUGCAACUUUACCUCUAAUGUGUAUUGAUGGGAAAUGGAACUUAUCCCCUCAAAGCAUGCAGAAAUUGCAUUAACAGCAGCAUCACUUUUUCAUCCCAGUUACUCCAAGAGUACCUAGAGUCGCUGCCAAUAUUGACAAUAUUUUUGACCGCUGGUGGAAAACAUUGGCAGCAAGAUGAACAUUUUUUUGGCAUAUAAAAUCAAAACUAUCCCCAAGACUGUAAACCACUGAGGCUAAGUGGGAAAAAAUGAUAUAUAUACAUACAAAAAAGACGUGAAUAGUGUGGGCUGAUCCUUGAUGUCAGUGGAGGGACUGAAGGGCAGAUAAUGUUACACAGAACAAGCUUCAUUUCCUUAUCACAAUGUUGGGAUUUCCUGUUUGUGUCAGUGCAGUGAUAUAAAACUGUCCUUAAUUCAGUUGUGACGUUCUACAGACACUGUGGUUUUGGAGUAAACUGUUAAUUUACUGACAACUUGUGUGUUACUACAUAAUUGAUAUUUUAAAUAACAGAUUUAGAGACAUUUGUUUGCAAAUUAUUGGAAAUUUAGGAAGUAAUAUUAUUUUUAGAUAUAAUAAGCAAAUGACUAUUGUCUUUAAAGGUACAAAAAUAACUAAUUUCUGCUGUAUUUUUUCAAAAAAUGCUGAAUACCUGAUAAAUUGAACAUCCCUCCAUGAAACUCAGUAAAAAAUUCAGAAAAUCA